UCGCAACUUCCUUCUUUUAAAACGUGCGUUUGUGUGUGGAAGGGCGAAGCUACAGUUGUACGUGAUUAGUAACUCAAAAUAUAAAAUAUGCGCAUUGAGAAGUGUUAUUUCUGCUCCGGACCGGUAUAUCCCGGACAUGGGAUGAUGUUUGUACGGAACGACUGCAAGGUGUUCCGGUUCUGCAAAUCAAAAUGUCACAAAAACUUCAAGAAGAAGCGUAACCCAAGGAAGACCAGGUGGACUAAAGCUUUCAGAAAGGCCGCCGGCAAGGAGUUGACAGUAGAUAACUCUCUUGAGUUUGAGAAGCGCAGAAAUAUUCCACUGAAAUACCAGAGGCUGUUGUGGAACAAGACGGUGGAAGCAAUGAAGAAGGUGGAAGAAAUUAAACAGAAGCGACAGGCCCGGUUUAUCAUGAACAGACUGAAGAAGGGCAAACAGUUGGAGAAGGAAGAGGCGAUCAACGAAGUGAAGAAGAACAUUCACCUAAUCAAAGCCCCACACGCAGGAAAAGCCAAGAAGCUGGAAGAGAAGAUGGUGGAAAAAUUACAGGAAGACAUAGAAAUGGGUGACGAUUAGCUGCUUUCUGUGGCUCAGCAGUCAGUUGAAAUAUGGUCAUCUGAAGAAAAAAAAAAACCAUUCAGCUCUUUAAAGACUUUAAAAACACAAACUGUUUCCCCUGUCAGUGAGAGUUCUAAAGGACGCAGAGGUAAAAAGGACUCAUCCCAAUCUGGUGAUCCACUGAAAAUCAGUGGAAGUUGCAUCAGUUUCCAGAUGUGCUAUUUUUAAGCAUAAACAGUUGUUUGUGCUAUGAACCCUCAUCCGUGCACAACAGUGUUAAAUUUUGGGUUGCGCAUAAUAAAAAUCUUUAUCUGUGUAAACAAA